AUUUAUCAUUCCAAAAAUUCACUCAUUCGGCAGUUUUCAUUAGAUUGUGAAGCGAUGCACUUGUACUUGUACUUGGUCUUAACAUCCUUAUAAAGCACCUCAUUUCGGAUACCCCAACGGAUAUAUAUACACUUAAAAAAAAAUCAAAAAUGACAAUAACUAAAAAUUUAUCCUUCGACGCGAGUUGUGGGGAGAAGGAAAAGUACACUGCGAAAAAUGGAGAGGAAACUUAUUAUCCGACGCACAACAUCAACAUGGACACGGACAUGCAGAGCAAGUACAGUCCGCCCAAGGAGGCUCAUUGGCUGCUGCGUCGCAUUUAUAUUCUCAGCUGGAUCGGCACUUACGAUCGAUCCCAAGCCAUGGCGGAUCUCAUUGCGGGCAUUACCUUGGGAUUGACAAUUAUACCACAAAGUAUCGCCUAUGCUUCGUUGGCGGGACUUUCCUCCGAGUACGGACUGUACUCGGCAUUCAUUGGCUCGAUCAUCUACGUGUUCUUUGGCACAAUUCCACAGGUAUCGAUAGGACCGACAAGUCUCAUGGCUAUCAUGACACUGCAGUUCUGUGCGGAUAAACCUGUACAGGUUGUCAUCGUGCUCGCCUUUCUAGCGGGUCUUGUCGAGCUGAUGAUGGGCAUCUGUCAGCUGGGAUUCAUUGUCAGCUUUAUACCAGCUCCUGUGACCAAGGCAUUCACCUCCGGCACAGCGGUAAUUGUGUUCGUUGUACAGAUCAAGAAUCUGCUCGGCAUACGACUGAAGAAUGUGCCUUCAAUUGGAGAUUUCUUUAGCAACAUUCGCUUUACGGACGCCACCAUGGGCAUCUCCUGCAUUAUUCUCUUACUCUCCUUGAGGCUGCUCUCCCAGGUCAAGUUCAAGCAGGACACACCGUUCACCCAACGCCUGAAGAAGCUGCUCUGGUACAUCAGCAUCUCACGUAAUGCCCUCGUCGUUUUCUUCAGUGGUCUUAUGAUUUAUUUGUGGGCUGAGAAGAGUGCCCUCGAAGCUGUGCCCUUUGCUCUCUCCGCGAAGGUCUCCUCGGCCAUGCCCACCAUCAAAUUGCCGCCCUUUGCUUUUGAGCAUCAGAACAGAACUUAUGUCUUCACUGAUAUUCUGGGUGAACUUGGCAGCGGUGUAUUUUUGGUGCCAAUUGUCGCUGUGCUGGCCAAUGUGGCCAUUGCCAAGGCCUUCGUUAAGGAUGGCAGACUAGACGCCUCCCAGGAGAUGCUUACUCUCGGUCUCUGCAAUAUCGCCGGCUCCUUCUUCAGUGCCAUGCCCACUUGUGGCGCCUUCACACGCUCCGCCGUCAGUCAGGCUUCAGGUGUCCGGACUCCCAUGGCCGGCAUCUAUACGGGCCUCAUUGUGCUCUCGGCCCUCUCUAUACUGACACCGUACUUCCAAUAUAUUCCUAAAGCUUCGCUGGCUGCUGUGCUCAUGGCAGCGGUGCUUUUUAUGAUCGAUUUGACACCCAUCAAGGAGUUGUGGCAAUCAAAUAAAAAGGACUUCUUCAGCUGGAUUGGCAGUUUUAUCAUCUGUCUGGUCUAUAGCGUUGAGAAGGGUUUGCUCUUUGGCAUUGUGGUCAGCAUGAUUUGUAUUCUACUGCGUCUAGGAAAUCCCAAGAUCGAGGUGACUCUCAAACAGCAAGACUCCAAAUACUAUGUGCAUGUGGUGCCACAGUCGGACGUCUUCUACACGGGCGUAGACACUCUCCGGGCGGAGAUUCGAUCAGCUUGUCUGCUUUAUCGCUGUGAUUUUCCAGUUGUUGUGCAUUGCGGACGCUUCAUGCAGUUCGAUGCGACAUUUGUGGAAAUGUUGAUGGCUGUGGCCAAGGAAUUGGCCCAAGAUGAUGUCCUGCUGAUCCUGCAGCAUAUGAGUCUGAAGCAGCAACAGCUGUUGCCAGUUGCCAGCAACAUUCGCUACUGCAACGAGGAUCAAGUUGAACUUCCUCUAGAUGCCAAGCAGUAAAUGCAUCUAUCAAUCAUCUAUUGUUGUUAAACUAGUUAUAGUAGCUGUAACUAGUCCAUGUCGAGUCGUGACGUCUUGUGAUUUAAUUACUCUGCCAUCAGAGUUAAAAUCUUGCUCGCGUGCGCGUGUUAAUCCCAAACAUUGUGUUUAUAUAACGAUCAUUUAGAUAUUUUAGUACAUUAUAUGUUUACCUCCGGUGUUUAUCACGGCAGUUGCUCUGUAAAUACCUUCAGUUUAAUUGCGUUCUAUUAUUUAAUUGCAUUCGCUUUAAAUAUUAAGUAUACGCCUACGUAAUCGUAGUUCCUUUUCGAACGUCAACUGUGCUGCGCUAUCAGUUUAUCCGUAAAUCGGCAAUAAAGAUAACAUAUAAGAUAUA